CUCAAGGACCAGGACCUCAUGCGGGCCAAGAUGGAUGACGCAGAGGCCUGCUUUAUCCUCAGCAACCGCUUCGAGGGGGACCGGAUUGCUGCGGAUCAUCAGACCAUCCUCAGGGCCUGGGCGGUCAAGGACUUUGCCCCCAACUGCCCUCUGUAUGUGCAGAUCCUCAAACCCGAGAACAAAUUCCACAUCAAAUUCGCAGAUCACGUGGUCUGCGAAGAAGAAUUCAAGUACGCCAUGUUGGCUCUGAACUGUGUGUGUCCAGCCACUUCCACCCUCAUCACGCUGCUGAUCCACACCUCGCGGGGACAAGACGGCCCCGCCUCGCCGGAGCAAUGGCAGAGGAUGUACAGCCGCUGCUCGGCCAACGAGGUCUACCACGUCCGGCUGGGGGACAGCAAGUUCCUGGGCCAAUACCAGGGCAAAAGCUUCACCUACGCCUCCUUCCACGCCCACAAGAGGUACGGGGUGUGCCUGAUCGGCGUGUGCCGGGAGGACAAGAACAACAUCCUGCUGAACCCAGGGCCCUGCCACAUCCUGGCCUCCUCCGACACCUGCUUCUACAUCAACAUCUCCAAGGAGGAGAACUCGGCCUUCAUCUUCCGCCAGCAGGAGCAUCUGCACCAGAGCCGCCUGGCCACCCCGGCUUACCACGGCCUGACGCGUCUGCCCGUGCACAGCAUCAUCGCCAGCAUGGGGACGGUGGCCAUGGACCUGCCGGACUCUGGCAGCAGCCCGGACAGCGCGGACGGGACCACACUGGGCCUGCCGGCCGACCCGGUGGGCACCGAGAAACGCCACAGCAUCGCCCCCGUGCUGGAGGUGGUGGACGCCAUCCCCAGCCCCACCUUCGACCUCCUGAGCGACCAGUCGGAGGACGAGGCCACCCACUCUGACGACGACGCGGCCGCCUCCGGCACCUGGGUGAAGGGUUACCCCACCAACUCCCCCUACAUCGGCAGCUCCCCCACCCUCUGCCACCUGGUCCAGGAGAAGAUCCCCUUCUGCUGCCUGCGGCUGGACAAG